CUUCAAGACAUCGCGAUACCAACAUGCAACAAAUAAUGCCCGUUCCAUGGCUCAUCGGGUCCAGGGAAGGUUUCGCACUUUGGAAAAUGCGACGUCUUGGUAUAAGGGCCAUCCAUCUUGGCCAACGGCUCUUUCUCUCUUUCCUAUUAAUCAUCACUCCUUGAUCUCGUGGCGUUUCUGAGCAGGGCAGGGCAAUUUUCUUUAUUUAUCCCUUCUCAAGAUGGAGUCAUCACGAGAAUCUUCUCAGGAAAGGGAGAAGUUGGAGAGAAAUGCUCCAAUUGUAGCGGAUGUUGCUUCGUCAUCGGAAGAUAUUGCUGCCAAAUAUGAACAAGCAGAGCAGAACUAUCAACCAAAGUCCUUCAAAUUUUGGACUAUCCUGAUAGGUCUAUAUCUCGCCGUUUUUAUCGUUGCCUUGGACCGUACAAUCAUAGCAACAGCCAUUCCAGCCAUCACAGAUGAAUUCCACUCUCUUCAAGAUGUCGGCUGGUAUGCUUCCGCCUACAUGCUCACGGGUGCCUCAUCCAAUCUUGUCUUUGGUAAAAUCUACAAAUACUACUCCACGAAAUGGUCUUUCCUCGCCUCAAUCUUCGUCUUUGAAGUGGGAUCAGCCCUUUGCGGUGCAGCUCCAAACUCUAUUGCCCUCAUCGUCGGUCGAGCAAUCGCUGGUCUCGGCUCAUCAGGAAUCUUCUCUGGAGGACUGAUGAUUAUGGUCCCUCUCAUCCCCCUCCGAAAACGUCCCAUCUACUAUGCACUCUUCGGCAUCGCAUUCGGCGUUUCUUCAGUCCUAGGCCCAGUUCUCGGAGGACUCUUCACAGAUAAAGCAACUUGGAGAUGGUGUUUCUACAUCAACCUCCCCAUCGGCGCCAUCACCGUCCUCGCCGUCCUCUUCUUCCUCCGCAUCGACUCCGCCCACGAGAAAGUCUCCUUGAAAGAAAAACUCAUCCAACUCGACCCCAUCGGCACCUUCUUCCUAAUCCCCAGCGUCGUCUCCCUAAUCCUCGCCCUCCAAUGGGGCGGCACGACCUACGCGUGGUCCUCCGCCAAAGUAAUCGGCCUCCUCGUCUGCUUCGCCACCCUCUUCAUCCUCUUCUGGCUCGUGCAAAUCUAUCUCCCUCGCACCGCCACCGUCAAAAUAUCCAUCAUCACCCAACGCUCCAUCGCCUUCGGCGCCAUCUUCAUGUUCGCCCUCACCGGCUCCCUCUUCAUCAUCGUCUACUACCUCCCCAUCUGGUUCCAAGUCGUCAAAGGCGACUCCGCCGUCCACUCCGGCAUCUCCACCCUCCCCCUCGUCCUCGGCCUCGUGGUCUUCUCCCUCGUUUCCGGGAAAGCGACCCAGAAACUAGGAUACUACGUCCCCUUCAUGCUCGCCUCCCCGCUCCUGACCACCGUCGGCGCCGCCCUGCUCUAUACCCUCGCCCCGGCCUCCAACCACGAGAAAUGGAUCGGGUACCAAGUGCUCUACGGCCUCGGCACCGGCGCCGCUAUGCAGCUGCCCAUGCUCGCCGUGCAGGCCGUUUUGCCAGCGGCGGACAUCUCGUCCGGCAUGGCGCUCAUGUUCUUCGCGCAGCAGCUCGGGGGUGCGAUUUUCGUUGCGGUGGGACAGAAUAUCUUUUCCUCGCGCGUGGUGAGCCAGUUGACGGGCGUGCCGGGCAUUGAUGCGCAGCAGAUUGUUCAUCUGGGCGCCACGCAGCUGAGGGAGGUGGUGCCGGCGCAGGAUUUGGGAGUUGUAGUUCAGGCGUUUAAUUAUGGGUGUGUGGGCACGUUUUUGGUGGCGGUGGGGUUGAGUGGCGCGACGUUGUUGGCGGCGGCGGGGAUGGAGUGGAAGAAUAUUAAUGAGAAGGAGGAGAAGGAUGGGGUGGAGGCUGAGAUGAGGUUUGAGUAAACGAGAAAAUGUUGUGAUUGUGGGAUGGGUAGAUUGUUGGGCGUUCAGGUGGUAUUUUGUUCUUGGGGAUUGGAUUUGCAUAGACUGGCGGUGAUAUCCUUUUGAGUAGCAUUAAAAACACAUGGAAUGAAUAACUUCUCUU